AUGGCUGCCAACAUCCUCAACCAACUCAAUCACCUGGCCGAUAGGGUCGAGGCACUGAACCUCGAUCAGGACCGUCGGAACACCCAGCUGGUCGAGCAAAUCGCCAGACUGACCGAGGCCCUAUUGGCCCAGGUGCCGCGUCCGCGCCCAAAUUUCUGGUUCCUCGACUCGUUCGAAUUCCUCGUCUUGUCGGGGUUCCUCGUGGCGUCGAGAUUCCUCGCCUCGUUUGAAUCCCGCGUCUCGAUUGGGUCCCUCGCUUCGCAGGCUCCUCGUCUCGCCCAAGUCCAACGCGAAGCCGCCAACAUCAGAAGGCACAUUCGCCAGCAGGUCCAGCAACAAGUCCAGCAGCAAGUUCAGGAGCAUCAAGCGGAUCACCUCAUCGAGCUCCACGAACUACGCACCCAGCUCGACGAGUACGAGGCCGAGAUCGAGCAACUCCGCGCCCAACUCGCCGAGCGUGACAACACGCUGACCAGGCUCCGGGAGGCGGCCCGCCUCUUCUCUGAGAUCUCCGAGCCGUAUCUGGAGGACCGGGCCGCUCAACGCCAGUAUGAGCUGGACCAUGCCCGGCAGCUGGCCAUCGAGGAAGAGCGCCAGCAGAACCUCGAGGAGCAGCAGCAGCUGCUGCUGCCAGAGCAGGAACAACAACGGCAGCAGGAGGAGGAAGGCGGCCGUCGCUAG